AUGUUUUUACUGAUGACUCUCGUACUUAUAAGAUUUACAAAUGGAAGAGUUGUUUACACGAUUAUUGAAGAGGAACCUCCAGGAAUAGUCUUGGGGAAUAUUUAUGACCAGUUCAACAUUACUAGAAAACAUUACUUGGCAAAUAUAAUUCUCACACAAAUUACCAAAAACACAUUUUCGAAAAUUUAUCCCAAUUUAGUGACGUUAGAGACAAAAUCGGGGAACUUGAAAUUAAACUCUAAGAUUGACCGGGAGAAAAUAUGUCCCAGCGCUAAGGAACAAGAAGAAUGUCUAUUAGACAUGCAAAUAUACUUAUCCUCCAUAGAUAAACCUCUAACUGCCAACCUUCUGGUGAUUGACAUAAACGACAAUCCUCCUUAUUUUCUUUCAAAAAAGUAUUAUAUCAAAGUAAUUCUAUUUCCCAUAACUUAA